AAGGUACGAAUUCUUGAUGACAUGACUUUUUGUCCAUCUCACCUUUCAUCAUUUUCUCCUAACGCUUACAAAUUUCUAUGCUGUCCAUCCCUUACCCUUAACCUUCAAUUAUAAACAUAUCAUCAAUCAAAAUAUAAACUUAAACCAUUUUAAAUAAUAAAAUAAUAAUAAGGACCUUUUUUUUUUAAUUAUAAAAAGCCAUUAAUUCAACCCAUCUUCUUCCCCCAAAAUGAAGAAACUGGAGCUCAUCUUCAUCCCCACCCCGAUCAUCGGCCACCUGACCUCCGCCCUCCAACUCGCCCACCUUCUCGUAACUCGACACCCUUUUCUCUCUAUCACUAUUUUCAUCAUUAAAAUCCCUUUCCCCACCAGAUCUGCCGAUCAAAUUCAAUCUCUCUGUUCCUCCUAUGCCAACCAUCGCCUCCGAUUCUUCACUCUCCCGGAGCAACCCAUCCCCGGCAACACUAAUAAAACCACCAUCUUAAAACCCCUCGUCGAAUCCCAGAAACAAAAUGUCGCCGACGCCGUCGCCAAUCUCAUCGCCGCGCCGGAUUCCCCUACACUCGCUGGCUUCGUCGUCGACAUGUUCUGCAUUCCAAUGCUGGAUGUAGCCAAACAAUUUUCUGUUCCCACUUUCGUCUUCUACACUUCCAGCGCUUCCUUCCUUGCCCUUCUCUUCCAUCUUCAAGAACUCUACGACUAUGAAUUCAAUCACGACAUGGACCAAUUGCUCAACUCUGUAACAGAGUUUGCCCUCCCGGGUUUCAAAAAUCCGAUUCCGAGGAAAGUGAUUUCCACCAUUUUUUACGAUAAGGAAACGAUUGAAUGGGCGCACAAUCUCACUCGCAAGUUCAGAGAAGCAAGUGGGUUUUUAGUAAACACAUUUUCCGAGCUCGAAUCCGGUGCGAUUAACUGGUUCGCCAAUCAGAAUCUCCCUCCGGUGUACGCCGUUGGACCUAUUUUGAAUGUGAAGGAAAAAAAUCCCCAAAUCGAACGGGAUGAGAUUUUGAAGUGGUUAGACGAGCAGCCACCGUCGUCGGUGGUGCUCCUCUGUUUCGGAUCAAUGGGAAUCUUCAAUGAAUCUCAAACCAAAGAGAUUGCAGAUGCCUUAGAGCGAAGUGGAGUCCGAUUCAUCUGGUCCAUACGGCAGGUACCACCGGAGAGUGUUCUGCCGGAAGGAUUCGUGGAUCGGACGAGCGGAAUGGGAAAAGUGAUGGGGUGGGCGCCGCAGAUGGAAAUAUUGGAACAUCCGGCGACGGGAGGGUUUGUGUCGCAUUGCGGGUGGAAUUCAGUGCUGGAGAGUUUGUGGAACGGUGUGGCAGUGGCGACGUGGCCGAUGUAUGCGGAGCAGCAGUUGAAUGCGUUUCACAUGGCGGUGGAGUUGGGAGUGGGGGUGGAGGUGUCCUUGGAUUAUAGUAUGGUGGGGGCGGCGGAGGGGGAGUUGAGGGCGGAUAAGAUUGAGGCGGGGAUACGAAAGUUGAUGGAAGGUUCAGAGGAGAUGAAGAAGGGGGUGAUGGUUAAGAGUGAGGAAAGUAAGAAGGCAACAAUGGAGGAUGGAUCUUCUUUCAAUGAUCUUAAUCGUUUUAUCGAUCAUGUGUUUCAUAAAAUUAAUACUUGUUGAUUUUAGCUGUGUGUUUCAUCAAGCAUGUCAUCAAGAAUGAAUGGGAGAAUAUAGUAUCCAUGAAAACAUGUUUGAAGAUCAAAGAAAAAAUAAAAGAGACAUGCAUAUGCAUACUAAGAAAUAUAACAAUGUUUGAUUGCUUGCAGUGUAAUAUGGUCACCAUUUUGACAAUUGGGUCGACCUAUUUGGAUAAAUUUGUGAGCCGGACCCAAUAGGUGUUAAUCCAAUAGGUGUUAAUCCAAUAGGUCAGUCCAAUUCAACAUUGGACUCAGACUUUAAUUCAAAGAGACAGUCACAAUGAUUGGGUCAUGAACUUGACUAUUGGGUUUGGGCCUUCACUUGUAGCCCAUGGUUGAUCUCUACUUAAGUUGUUGUUUGCGUUUGUCACAUAACUGUCUACUCGUAAUAAUAGAGAAAGUGUAUAUAAGAUAUCAAUUUGGGUUCA